AUGGGACGCGGGAAGAUCGAGAUUCGGAAGAUUGACAACGCGACGACGCGGCAAGUGACCUUCUCGAAGCGGCGAAAUGGGCUGCUGAAGAAGGUGCGCGGGGGGGUGCUGAAGAAGGUGCGGUGGGCGGAUGGGCGUGGUGGGUGCCGGAGAGAAGUGGGCGGAAGAGGAAGAGGAGGGGAAAUGGGGGAAAGGUUGGGUCCUGCGCGCUGCUCACUUCCCCUGCGCGGCGCCCAUCUCGGUGCACCCAUCCUGCUGCGCUGCGCCUGUCCCGGGUGCCCAUCCCUAGCGGCUAUCUCAUGCGCGCAUCCCAUGCGUCCACCCCCUGCACCUAUCUGCGCCCAUCCCAUCACUUGCGCCAUCCCAUGCGCCCAGUCCCUGCGCCACCCCUUGCGCCCACACCUUGCUCCCACCCCUGUGCGCCCACCCCUGUGCGCCCAUCCCUGUGCGCCCAUCCCUGUGCGCCCACCCCUGUGCGCCCAACCCCGUGCGCCGACCCCGUGCGCCCACCCCCUGCGCCCACCCCGUGCGCCCAUCCCCUGCGCCCAUCCCCUGCGCCACCCCGUGCGCCAACCCCGUGCGCCUACCCCUGUGCGCCCAUCCCUGUGCGCCCACCCCUGUGCGCCCACCCCUGUGCGGUCAACCCCGUGCGCCGACCCCGUGCGCCCACCCCGUGCGCCCACCCCGUGCGCCCAUCCCCUGCGCCCAUCCCCUGCGCCCACCCCGUGCGCCCAUCCCCUGGCGGCGUGGCAGGCGUACGAGCUGGCGGUGCUGUGCGACGUGGAGAUCGGCGUCAUCAUCUUCUCCGCCACCGGCAAGCUCUUCCAAUACGCCAGCACCAAGUCAGUGCCACGUCAGCACCCAGUCAGUACCAUGCUAGCAUUCAGUAUGACGCCCGCACCAAGUGAGCAUCACUCCUGCACCGACAUGGACGCCAUAGUGGAGCGGUACCGGCAGCUGGCGCUGGAGAGCGGCAAGGACCACCGCCCGCCGUGGCAGCAGCAGAACCCCCCUCAGAGCAUAGGCCUCGCCACGCCAGUGCAGCAGUGCAAAGAGCAGCCCGGCGAGCAGCAGCAAGCGAAGAAGCUUCAGCUGCAGCAGGUGGAAGCCAAGGCGGGGGCGGCGCCACAGGGAGUGCUGGUAUGCAGCCCUUGCCGCCCGCUCCAUGCUCCUCCCACCCCUCACUCCGUGCCUUCUUCCACCCCGUGCCUCCCUCCCUCUCCUCCCGUUUCCCCCCUCUUGUUCUUUAACCGUUUGCGUUUCCUUUCGCACGCACGCGUCCCUUCCUCUGCCUUCUUCUCACGUUCCAUCUCUCCUCCCUUCUUCCUCUUCUGCUCUCUCCCUCGCCAUUCAAAUCCGCCCUCCUUUUCCCGCCCCCGCCCUUCGCGUCCUCUGCGCGCGCAGGCACUCAAGGAGGCAGCAGAGCAACGAAAUGACCCGCGCGACUUGGUUUCAAGGCUGCGGGAUGAACAAUCAAGGGCGCUUGUUUGCCUGGACACGUCAGCAGAGUCGUUUGGAGGGCUGGGAUUGGAGGAGAUGAGGCGACUGGAGAAGCAGCUAGAAGACAGCCUUUCUCGACUACGAGAAAAAAAGGAGGAGUUGUUUGACCGCACCAUCUCGCACCUCAAGUCGCGC